GGAGAAUGAGACGCAUUAAUGAAACUGCUCCUACAUGUGUGUGAAGCGGAGACAUGAGUCUAGAUGAAGACGCGCGCUGGCUGGAAUGGGUCACCAAGCAGUUCGAGAGCAUUGCAGGAGACGACAAAGAGAUCGACCUGGAUGAGUUUAAAACGGCUCUGAAAGUAAAGGAGUCAUUUUUUGCGGAGAGGUUUUUCGCCCUGUUUGACUCUGAUGGCAGCAGCUCCAUCAGUCUGGAUGAACUUCUCAAGGCUUUAGAUCUUCUGAUCCAUGGCAAUGAGACAGACAAACUACGCUUCCUAUUCCAGGUCUACGAUGUGGAUGGCAGUGGUUCCAUAGACCCAGAUGAGUUACGUACGGUUCUGAAGUCCUGCCUGCGUGAAAGUGCGAUCUCACUCCCUGAGGAAAAGCUGGAUGACCUGACGCUGGCGCUGUUCGAAUCUGCUGAUAAAGAUAACAGCGGCUCCAUCACGUUUGAAGAGCUGAAGGCAGAGCUCGAGAACUUUCCGGAGGUUAUGGAGAACCUCACCAUCAGUGCCGCCAACUGGCUGAAACCUCCUGAUCUGGAGCAGAAGAAACGUAAGACUCCUCGAUACCUGACGCGGACAUACUGGCACAACAACAGCCGCAAACUGUUCUUUCUGUGUCUGUACGCCCUCCUGAACCUGCUCCUCUUCAUCAUGGCGAUGCAGAAGAAUGCGCACGGAGGUCCCUGGUUCAUGGUGGCUAGGGGCUGCGGACAGUGUCUCAACCUCAACUGCACGUUUGUUAUGGUGCUGAUGUUAAGGCGUAGUCUGACGUGGCUACGUGCCACCUGGGUGGUGAGGAUCUUACCUUUGGACCAGAACAUUUUACUGCAUCAGAUCGUGGGUUACGCCAUCCUGAUCUUCACCGUUGUGCACACUGCCGCUCACGUCUUGAACUUUGCCCGAAUGUCUCAGAAUGAUGGCAUGUAUCAGCUGUGGGAGUAUCUUUUCACCACCCGUCCUGGUAUUGGCUGGGUCAAUGGCACCGCCUCUAUUACGGGUGUUGUUCUGCAGGUUCUCAUCUGCUUGAUGGCGGUGUGUUCCAGCACAUUCGUCAGACGCAGUGGUCAUUUUGAGGUGUUCUACUGGUCUCAUCUUUCCUACAUCUGGGUUUGGGCCCUGUUGGUCGUUCACUGUGCAAACUUUUGGAAAUGGUUUGUGGUGCCAGGGGUGAUGUUCCUAAUUGAGAAAAUUGUUGGAAUGGCAGUGUCCCGUAUGGGUGGGCUGUACAUAGUUGAAGUCAACUUAUUGCCCUCAAAGGUAACACAUUUGGUAAUCAAGAGGCCUCCAUUCUUUCACUUCAAACCUGGAGAUUAUGUGUUUAUAAACAUCCCUGCUAUCGCCAAGUAUGAAUGGCAUCCGUUUACUAUCAGCAGCGCUCCUGAGCAGCAAGAUGUGCUGUGGCUCCAUAUUCGUUCGAUGGGCCAGUGGACAAACCGCCUGUAUGAGUAUUUUAGACAGCCGGAGAGUCAAACCAUCAGCAGCAAGAGGCUCACCGCCAGCCUGAGGAACAGACGGCACCAGAACAGAGCACAGGAUGACAUUUUCAAGUCUGCAAGCUACAACGGAACUGUGGCGUCUAAUAAGGAUGAUGCUGUUGAACUGACCCUGUACCGGUCAAGCGUAACCCGCACAAGCUCCCAGAAGCCCGUCAGUGACCCAGAAGCACAGGUAGACCCGGGAGAAGCCCCUCUGGUCCCCAGAGAACUGACAGCAAAAUUAAGUGAAAAUCACAGAUACUGCAACAUUAAGUGCUAUGUGGAUGGACCUUUUGGCACCCCGACCCGACAGAUCUUUACAUCUGAGCAUGCGGUGCUUAUCGGCGCUGGAAUCGGCAUCACUCCCUUCGCAUCCAUUUUGCAGAGCAUCAUGUGCCGUUAUCGCAUGAGAAAGCAGAACUGCCCUAGUUGCAACUACUCCUGGUGUGAAACCAUCAAAGACAACGAAAUGAAGCUGAGAAAGGUGGACUUCAUUUGGAUCAACCGAGAUCAGAAAUCCUUUGAAUGGUUUGUGAGUCUCUUGACCAAACUGGAGAUGGACCAGGCAGAUGAAGAGCCAGAGGGCCGUUUUUUGGAGAUGCACAUGUACAUGACAUCAGCCCUCAGUAAGAAUGAUAUGAAGGCCAUAGGUCUGCAGAUGGCUCUGGAUCUGCUGGCCAAGAAAGAAAAGAGAGAUUCCAUCACGGGGCUCCGCACACGUACCCAGCCAGGCAGGCCAGAUUGGGCCAAGGUUUUCCAGAAACUGUCUGAGGAAAAGAAAGGAAAGGUUCAUGUGUUUUACUGCGGUGCUCAUGCUCUGGCCAAAGUCAUCAAGGCCCAGUGUGAGCAUUUUGGCUUCAAGUUCUACAAAGAAAAUUUUUGAGCAAUUUACAAUAAUUUCAGUUGUUUGAAAUUUUACUUUGGCUAUUUUUCAU